GCCCCGGGAUCAUUCCAGUUCAAGUUCAGCGUCUCACGCAGACUUAAACCAGAGCUCGCAGUGGACGUCCAGCUACACAAGGUUUGGUCAUAUGAAAAUGCCUUUUUUGCCAUGUUAAUAGCUUAGCCAUUAACUGAGGAGGGAAGAGACCUGCUGUGCUGGACAAACACAGACUGAGACCCCUCAGAGUUCCUCUCCGCCCUCCUGAGUCGGACAUGGGGAAGGUCUACUACUUCAGUAAACAUGUGGGCCUCGGGUUGCUCGUGCUGGCGGUCACUGCUCUGGUUACGAUUAUAGCUCUGUCCAUCGCCUACGACAAGGAACGGGCCAAGAAGCGAGACACGCUUGGAGACGGCACCAGCAUGCCCACACCCUUCACCACCCCCUCCGGCCCAAAGGAGCCCUGGGACCACUACAGACUCCCAGUCUCCCUUGCUCCCGUCUCCUACAACGUCACCCUGUGGCCCCGGCUGAAGCCCGGGGCGGACGGCAUGUACUUCUUCACCGGGAAGUCAGCGGUGGUCGUCAGAUGUGUGAAGGAAACGGACCUCCUCAUCAUCCACUCCAACAAGCUGAACCUCACAAGCUUCAAUGGGCACCAUGCUGUGCUGACCGGCCUGGGCCAAGCCACCGCGCCCGCCAUACAGAAGUCCUGGCUUGUCGUGAAUACGGAGUUUCUGGUGCUUCAGCUACGCAGCGGACUAUCUGUGGGAGCCUCUUAUGUGCUUUACACUGAAUUUAAGGGAGAGCUGGCAGAUGACCUGGAAGGCUUCUACAGGAGUGAAUACACAGAGGAUGGUGUGAGGAAAGUUGUCGCUACCUCGCAGAUGCAAGCCACUUAUGCCAGGAAAACCUUCCCCUGCUUUGACGAGCCCGCCUUGAAAGCCGUCUUCAACGUCACCAUCAUCCACGACCCAGACACCGUGGCUCUGUCGAACGGCAUGGAAAUUGGCACCGCAGACUCUGUCAUUGACGGCGUAUCUGUCAGAGUGACUACAUUUGAGCCCACAGAGAGAAUGUCCACAUAUCUGCUGGCGUUUAUUGUCAGUGACUUUGUUAACAUUAAAUCAACCCAGAAUAAGAAUUUGUUGAUCAGAAUCUGGGCUCGAAGAAAAGCCAUAGAUUCCAGGCAGGGUGAAUAUGCUCUCAACGUCACAGGGCCGAUCCUUCGGUUCUAUGAGCAGUACUUCAACACAACAUAUCCGCUCUCCAAGUCAGAUCAGAUUGCUCUGCCUGACUUCAAUGCUGGGGCAAUGGAGAACUGGGGUCUGGUCACAUACAGGGAGACGGCCCUGCUCUUUGACCCCAUCAUGUCCUCAACUGGAAAUAAAGAGAGAAUUACAACUGUUGUCUCCCACGAACUUGCACACAUGUGGUUCGGGAACCUGGUGACUCUGCAGUGGUGGAAUGACCUGUGGUUGAACGAGGGCUUCGCGUCAUACGUGGAGUACCUCGGAGCCGACUACGCUGAGCCCACCUGGAGCAUUAAAGACGAGAUCAUACUGUCCGACGUGCAAAAGGUGUUUGCCGUGGACGCCCUGGCCUCCUCCCACCCGCUGACCCGUGGAGAAGAGGAGGUCAACACCCCUGCUCAGAUCAGCGAGAUGUUCAACACCAUUUCCUACAGCAAGGGUGCGGCGGUGCUCAGGAUGCUGUCAGAGUUUCUCACUGAGCCAGUGUUUGCCAAAGGACUCAGUUCUUACCUGAACACAUUCGCCUUCGGCAACACAGUGUACACAGACUUGUGGGACCACCUCCAGCAGGCAGUUGAAAACACACCAGGAAUGCAUAUUCCUCACACCGUCCACGACAUCAUGAACCGCUGGACCCUUCAGAUGGGCUUCCCAGUGGUCACUAUUGACACCCGGACAGGAAGUAUUACCCAGAAACACUUCCUGUUGGAUCCAGACUCUGUUUUGGACAGGCCCUCCCAGUUCAAUUACACGUGGUUUGUCCCGAUCAAAUGGAUGAAGACGGGUGUGGAGCAGCAACAGUACUGGCUCCUCCAAGAGACAGACUCCAACUCUUUGAUGAGAGUUUCAGGAGAGGACUGGGUGCUGGCCAACACCAAUGUAGCUGGGUACUUUAGGGUGAACUAUGAUCUUGACAACUGGGAUCGUCUCCUCUCCCUGCUCAACACCAACCAUCAGGCCUUAUCAAUCAUCAACAGAGCACAGAUCAUAGAUGAUGCGUUCAACCUAGCAAGAGCCAAAAUAAUCAACACAACAUUGGCCCUGACAACGACCAAAUACCUGUCCAAGGAAAGAGACUACAUCCCCUGGGAGUCCGCGCUGAGAAACCUCGACUACUACAUCCUCAUGUUCGACCGCACUGAGGUCUACGGAGCUUUACAGCUAUACCUCAAGAAACAAAUCCAACCACUUUUUGAGCACUUCAAGACGAUUACAGCUAACUGGACCAACGUACCUACAGGACACACUGACCAGUAUAAUCAGAUCAAUGCUAUUGGAAUGGCCUGCAGUAUGGGCGUGCAGGGUUGCGGGGAGCUGAUAAAAAGCUGGUACAGACAAUGGAUGGAAAAUCCACACCACAACCCGAUCCAUCCCAACUUGAAAAGCACAGUUUACUGCAGGGCAAUAGCCUUCGGUGGUGUGGAGGAGUGGGACUUUGCCUGGAGAAUGUUCAAGAACGCCACUCUUGCCUCCGAAGCUUCCAGGCUCAGGUCGGCCAUGGCCUGCACCAAAGCACCUUGGUUGUUGAACAGGUAUCUGGAGUACACACUCGACCCAACUAAAAUCCGCAAGCAAGAUGCCACAUCUACCAUCCAUUACAUCGCCCGGAACGUUGUGGGGAUGCCGCUGGCCUGGAACUUUGUCAGAGCAAGAUGGAGCUACCUUUUCAAGCAGUAUGGAGGAAGAUCAUUUUCCUUCUCUGGUCUCAUCAACGGAAUCACAAAGAGAUUGUCUACAGAGUUUGAGUUACAGGAGCUGAUGAAAUUCAAAGAAGACAACAUCCAUGUUGGUUUUGGCUCAGCCACCUUGGCCCUGGAGCAGGCUAUAGAGAAGACCACAGCCAACAUCAAGUGGGUGGCAGAGAACAAAGCCCAUGUGCUAAAGUGGUUUAAUGACGAGUCCCAAUGAGAACGUUGGGAUACGUAAUGAAUGACAAUCACUAUAACCAUCUUCCUCUUGAAAACAGUUGCGUAAAGUCAAUUCAAACUCACUUACAUGCAAAGGGUAAGAUAUAUGGUGAGCAAUAGGUGAUGUAGCUUUUACAUCUGGUCUGUGAUUGUCAGGGAGAAAACCUUUAUCACAUGAUUGUUUUACUUACAAUACAUUUUUUCUUAUUCUCAUAUGUAUACAAUGCACCCUAUUCAUGACUUGUAAAUUCACAUUUCCUGCAGCUUCUUGUAAAGUCAUUAACAAAAAGUCCUUCUCAACAUUGGAUGUCUUUAAAUAGAAAAUUCAUGGUAGGAGAGAAAGAGCCUGUUUUCAUUUAUAUUAGGCUUCUUGUUUUUUCUUUUUACUUGAUGAUAACAUCAUAAAUAAUUGCACUACAUGAUGUACUAGUUGUCUGCCAAGUUUAUGCAAAGACUCAAAUGACCAAUAAAUAUAAAAAGCUCAGA